AUGGAGGAACUACUUGAUACUGAUUCAGAAGAAACGGAGGAUCCGUUUGAAUUAAAAAUUGGACUUACCUUUACGAAUUGGCCAGAAUUUAAAAUCUGGUUAGAUAAUUUUACCAAAAAGAAGGG